AUGCAAAUCUUCGUUAAAACUUUGACCGGUAAAACUAUUACCUUGGAAGUUGAAUCAAACGACACCAUUGAAAAUGUUAAGAGCAAGAUUCAAGAUAAGGAAGGUAUCCCUCCAGAUCAACAAAGAUUGAUCUUUGCUGGUAAGCAAUUGGAAGAUGGUAGAACCCUCUCAGACUAUAACAUUCAAAAGGAAUCUACUUUGCAUUUGACUUUGACUGGUAAGACAAUCACUCUGGAAGUUGAAUCAAACGACACCAUUGAAAAUGUCAAGUAUCCCUCCAGAUCAACAAAGAUUGAUCUUUCGCUGGUAAGCAAUUGGAAGAUGGAAUCCACUCUCCACUUGGUUUUGAGACUUAGAGGUGGUAUGCAAAUCUUCGUCAAGACUCUCACUGGUAAGACAAUUACCCUUGAAGUCGAAUCUAAUGAUACUAUUGAAAAUGUUAAGAGCAAGAUUCAAGAUAAGGAAGGUAUUCCACCAGAUCAACAAAGACUUAUCUUUGCUGGUAAGCAAUUGGAAGAUGGUAGAACUUUGUCUGAUUACAAUAUUCAAAAGGAAUCCACUCUCCACUUGGUUUUGAGACUUAGAGGUGGUAUGCAAAUCUUCGUCAAGACUCUCACUGGUAAGACAAUUACCCUUGAAGUCGAAUCUAAUGAUACUAUUGAAAAUGUUAAGAGCAAGAUUCAAGAUAAGGAAGGUAUUCCACCAGAUCAACAAAGACUUAUCUUUGCUGGUAAGCAAUUGGAAGAUGGUAGAACCCUUUCUGACUAUAACAUUCAAAAGGAAUCAACCCUUCACUUGGUCUUGAGAUUGAGAGGUGGUAACUAAAUAAAAACAGUUAACUUUUGAUUUCACA